GCGCGCUCUCGGGUCUGCGCAGAGCCGGCCUCGGCGCGUCCUCGGCGCCGGGCGGCAGUGACCGAGGGAGGCGCGCAGGGUCGCAGCGGCGCGGCAGCCGAGCUUGAGAGGGUCUGGGGACAGUAGUGCUCCCAGUGUGAGGGGCGGCGGCGCGGCGGCGGCGGCGCCCGCGGUCCCUGAGCGAAUUGAGGACGAGGCCGCGAGGCGACGGCGCGGCGGGGCCCCCUCCAGCGGCCGCGCCCGGAGUAAGGCAAAAGAGAAUGAAAGAAGUAGAUAAUCUUGAAAGUAUAAAGGAAGAAUGGGUUUGUGAAACAGGAUCUGACCACCAACCUCUUAGUGAUAAUCAACAAACAAAUUGUGAAUAUUUUGUUGACAGCCUUUUUGAGGAAGCUCAGAAGGUUGGUGCCAAAUGUUUGUCUCCCACUGAACAAAAGAAACAGGCAGAUGUAAGUAUAAAAUUAUGGAAAAAUGGAUUCACAGUCAAUGAUGAUUUCAGAAGUUAUUCUGAUGGUGCAAGUCAGCAGUUUCUGAACUCCAUCAAAAAAGGAGAAUUACCUUUAGAAUUACAGGGAGUUUUUGAUAAAGAGGAGGUCGAUGUUAAAGUUGAAGAUAAGAAAAAUGAAGUAUGUAUGUCAACGAAGCCUGUGUUCCAGCCCUUCUCAGGACAGGGUCACAGACUGGGAAGUGCUACACCAAAAAUUGUUUCUAAAGCGAAGACUAUUGAAGUUGAGAAUAAAAAUAAGUUGUCUACUGUCCCACUAAACAGUCUGGAACCCAUCACUAAUAUACAGAUCUGGUUAGCCAAUGGGGAAAGGAUUGUCCAGAAAUUUAACAUUUCUCAUAGAAGUCCAGAGGGAAGCAGUUCAGAGCUGCUAGAUCAAAAGUCAUGACUCCAGUAUUGUUAAUCUGCGGAUCUCAGCACCAGUUAACUUGAGGUCUUCAGAUAGCCUGUUGGCACCAGCCAUCACAUUUGCAUUUCAUCAUUUCAUCCAAUAGAAGAAGCAUGCCCAUUCCCUUUUUGAAAGAAGCUAUUGAGAUGUAAUUCACAUACCUUAAAAUUUACCCAUUUAAAGUGUACAACUCAGUGUUUUUUGUAUAUUCACAGGAUUGUGCAGCCAUCACAAUCUGAUUUUAGAACAUUUUUAUCUCUGAAAGAAACCCCAUGGGGCUUCCCCUGGUGGCACAGUGGUUGAGAGUCCGCCUGCCGAUGCAGGGGACACAGCUUCGUGCCCCCGUCCGGGAAGAUCCCACAUGCCGCGGAGCGGCUGGGCCCGUGAGCCAUGGCCGCUAAGCCUGCGCAUCCGGAGCCUGUGCUCUGCAACGGGUGAGGCCACAACAGUGAGAGGCCCACGUACCGCAAAAAAAUAAAUAUAAAAAAUAAAAGAAACCCUAUUAAUAGUCUUUCUCCACCCUCAGUUCUAGACAGCCACAAGUCUACAUUCUUUCUAUAGGUUUAUUUAUUUGGACAUUUUCAUGUAAAUGGAAUCAUACAAUAUGUGGUCUUUUGUGACUGGCUUUAUUCACACAUAAUGUUUUCAAGGUUCAUCCAUGUCGUUUUUAUUGCUGAAUAAUAGUCCAUUGUAUGAAUAUUCCUAACAUCCUAAAUAGCCAUUAGUUGAUGGACAUUUAGGUUGUUUCCACUUUUUAGCUAUUAAAAAUAGUGCUGCUAUGAA